GUGGGAGGUGCUGCUGAGCCGUCCUCACGAGCCCGCGCUCGCCGAGUUCGCUGCUCGAAUAACUCGGAUGGAAGACGAGCAGUUCAUGAUACAGAGCACGCGCGACCUGGAAGCGGUUGCAAUGAUGCUGCCUUACGCGCAAGACACGCUCGUCAAAGUGAAGGCUUCGUUAGAAGCUCUGAGAAGCCCAGCUUGGGAACAGGUUUUAAAGCAUCAUACCGGAAUAAUGCAUCUGGAAAUUCUGGACAUGAGCCCUGAUUUUGCACCAUGUGAUGACGUGCUGCAGCCUCUACUCAGCACCAGUUCCAGGAUCAAAAGUUUCCAGGGGCACAUCAGGACGGAGGCAGGCAUCGCGGCGCUGGCUUCAGCGGCCGCGGCUUCAGCGUCCAUACACAUCAGGGUCGAGGCGCCGCUCAACCUCAGCGCACUGCACGGGAAAUACGCUGAACUGCACGUUUGCACGCCCGUACUUGACACGGCUGUUGCAGCAGCGCCUCUACCAGCCCUGCCUUCUCCCGUGCUGCAGGUUCUCAGCCCCGGUGCUGGCACCUGGGAGGCCGUAGUCAGGACGGUGCUGACUUAUGCACCAAGAUGCAAGAAGUUCUGGGGAAUUGAGCUGCGGCAGUCUGCGCUAAGCGAGGAGGAGGAGCGACUGCUGCUGUUGACCCUGCACGAGAAGAGGCUGAGGACCAACGAUGCUGGCAUCACACGCGCCGAGCCUAAUGGUGCACACCGAAGGCGAAUCCGUCUCUGUGAAGAUCCUCCAGCUAUUUAUUCUCCGUGAUAAGCGCCCAGGGAACAGGAAUGAACCGACCAGUUUAGGCUCGAAAAUGCCUGCUUUGGUGGGACAGUUAAUUGCCGGUUAAUAAUGAGUAGAAAAUAUUGAGCGCACAGUUUGGUACUCAAAGGAAUGUCUAUUUUUCUAUUUGUGGCACCUAUGAUGUCACUCUGGCAUCGAAUGGGAGAGGUCCAUAUACGUGGUUAAAAUUUGUGAGACGUUAAUUAGAUGUAAAGAGUAUUUUGACCGUAGCUAUAAUAUGUAACUUAAUUGCCCUGAUUUUAAUUAUUUCGACUGUUGCACGAACAUCAGAAAACUUCCUGUGAUACAUCAAAAUAUGAAAAGAUGACAGAGCUAGUGCACGGCCGGGCAUUCAGAAAGGAUAUUACUUCUUUUGUCCUCCUUGUAUUGCGCUAAUAUUCACCCUCAGGUGCCGUUAAUGGUUGUUUAUUGCACAUUAAUUACUGUUCAUGUCAGUGACGGGCCUUAGAUCCCAUGCUGCACACGCUGCGUGUGUGUGAGUGGCUUCAAUUUGUAAUGAGAAACGGAAGAAUUGGAAGAGGUGAUCAGAACAGAAACAAUUGAAUAACAAGAGGGUACGAAAAAUUGAGCUAGACGAAAAUUUUUGUCGCCUAAAAUUGUGCUAGGAGUCUUCCGUACUGUUAUUAUUAUUAUAUGUUUUUUGAGAUCUGGAUUUUGGUUAUAAGUUUUUUUCGUUCUUACUUCUAGUGUUAUGAUAAAAAGAGAACGACUUUUUGCAUCAUUAAUUUGGUAGUUUAAAUUGGAGAUUUUAAUUUGUAAAUAUGAUUUUCGCACAUUCACCUGACAUGGCGAUAUUUAAAAAUGUAAAUAAUAGGAAUCAUAGUUUAGAAAUAAUAUGCGAUUAAAAUUACUUUUAGAGAAAACACUUACUAAAGAGUCCAGUGUCACUGAUGUUACA